AUGCGCCAUUUACAGCUGCAAAAAUACCUCUCGCUCCCUCAGAGCGGUAAGGUCAUCGCCGAAUACGUGUGGAUCGACGGCUCGAACGGUAUCCGCUCAAAAUCAAAGGCCGCGAGCUUGCGAACCAACACGGCUGCCAUCUGCGCCGAGAUACACAUCUUGGUGUGCAUACAGCAAUUGGGGGUCGCACGCGUUGUUGGUCGCCUUACUCUAGACAAGAAGGUCGAGAAGGUCGAGGAGCUCCCAGAAUGGAACUUUGACGGUUCGUCAACGGGCCAGGCGCCCGGCGACAACUCGGAUGUUUACCUCCGCCCCGUCUCCUUUUACCCUGACCCCUUCCGUCUGGGCGACAACAUCCUCGUCAUGUGCGAGACGUACAUGUCAGACGGCAAGCCCAACGCAUACAACUUCCGCCACGACGCCGCCAUCAUCUUCAAGCAGCACUCGGCCGCCGAGUUCUGGUUCGGUCUCGAGCAAGAAUACACGCUUCUCGACGAGUUUGGCUGGCCAUACGGCUGGCCCAAGAACGGCUUCCCUGCGCCCCAGGGCCCGUACUACUGCGGUGUGGGCACUGGCAAGGUCUUCUGCCGUGACAUUGUCGAGGCUCACUACAAGGCAUGCCUGUACGCCAACAUCAACAUCUCCGGCACCAACGCCGAGGUCAUGCCCGCGCAAUGGGAGUACCAAGUCGGCCCCUGCCCAGACAUCUCGCUCGGUGACCAGCUCUGGAUGUCGCGCUUCCUCCUGCACCGCGUUGCAGAGGAGUUCGGCGCCAAGGUGACGUUUGCGCCCAAGCCCAUCCCCGGCGACUGGAACGGCGCUGGUCUGCACACCAACGUGUCCACCAAGGACACCCGUGCUGACGGCGGCAUGAAGGCCAUUGAGGCCGCCAUGGAGAAGCUCUCCACCCGCCAGGCCGAGCACAUGGCCGUGUACGGUUCCGACAACCAGCUACGCAUGACGGGCAAGCACGAGACUGCCUCAUACGACAAGUUCACCUGGGGCGUGGCCAACCGCGGCUCCUCGGUGCGCAUCCCCCGCGCCGUCGCCUCGGAAAACAAGGGCUACUUCGAGGACCGCCGCCCAGCGUCCAACGGUGACCCAUACCAGAUCACGGGCAUAAUCGCAGAGACCAUGUACGGCAAGGUCGACGGCGCGGAUAUUGCGCGCUUCGCGGCCAAGGCCGAGUCGGUUGAGCAGGAGAUGGUUGUCGAAGUGCCCAAGCCGUAGAUGGAGUUGUUUGCUGCGUUCGCUCAUACCCUUUUGCGCUUAGACCGUUGACCUCUCUCUCUCUUCCUUGAAUACUACACAUAGCUUCCUUGUCUGCACUGCGCAGUGAGGAGUUGGCAUGGAUGGAACGAAUGCGAUGUUAUAUCACGCAAUUGCAAUGGAAUCAAGAUAGUAUACUUCAA